AUGUCAUUUGCCGGCGUGUCUAUCAUCGACUACGGUAAGGCCAGCGGCCACGCCAUCGACGUCUCCGCGGCCAGCGGGUACCACCUGCUUGUUGUUAACCGCUACUGUCGUACGAAAUACUAUGCAUCUGUAUCUACUGUCAGGAUGAUCCAGUCUCUCCCUUUCAAGGUAGGCGGGCAUCGUUGGUGCAUCCAGUACUUCCCUGAUGGCAACGCGGAAGAGUGUGCCAACUCGGUGUCUCUCUUCCUUGCCCUUCUCGAUGAGAAUGUCACCGAGGCUCUCAAGGUGCAGUACGAUUUCAGUUUCGUCGACGACCUUGAGAAGCAAGAUUCGGCCUAUAUUCGUGCAAACGAGCCACACUGUUUCUCCAGCAGCCAUCCAGCUUGGGGUUACGAUGGUUUCAUCAAAAGAGACGCCCUUCAGAAAUCAAAGCAUCUCAACAAGGAUUGUUUCACCAUCCGAUGUGACCUCGUCAUUGCCACCACGGUCGAUCUCUCCAUCAAGGUGCCACCUUCUACCAUACAUCAACAUAUCAACGACCUCCUCCUGUCCAAGGAAGGAACUGACGUGACAUUCCAUGUUGGCGGCGAGACGUUCGUUGCCCACCGGUGCGUGCUCGCGGCUCGGUCCACGGUCUUCAAGGCAGAGCUCUUUGGCCCCACGAAGGAAGGCACAGUAGCAAGCGUUGUGCAAAUACAAGACAUGGAAGCCAAAGUGUUUAGGGCCUUGCUUAACUUUGUUUACACCGACUCACUGCCCGGUACGGAGAUAGACAUGGGGGAGGAGAAAAAGAGUGGGCAAGAAGCAUUAUGGUUGCAACAUUUGCUUGCGGCGGCGGAUAGAUAUGAUCUCCAAAGACUGAAAGUACUAUGUGAAGAAAAGCUAUGCAAACACAUAGACGUGAAGUCAGUGAAAACUAUUUUUACUCUCGCUGAGCGGCACAACUGUUGUGGAUUGAAGGAGGUGUGCCUUGAAUUCCUCAAGGCUCCUGCUAAUUUGAAAGAAAUAACCGCCGCUGAUGUCUUCGACGAUAUAAUUAGGACAUGCCCCUUUCUUUUAAAGGAGCUCAUCGGCAAAUUUGCUUCCUAA